UUUCUAUGCAAGCCUGAUAAAUUUCAGAUAAGGUUCAUAUAAGUAUUAUAAAAGACAUAACGCACCUUCAGUUUCAUUAAAGUUACAAGAUGACGUCCCCGGUGAAAUUUCUUUCACUUCUGUUCGCUUUCGCACUCUUUGCUGUGGCAUUCGCUCUUUUCGAAGAGCCUCGUGAACUCCAAGAACUCGACCCUCAAGUAGGUGAAGAAGAAGCCAGGGAAUUUGCAGCACUCUUCAGCAAUGGGGUCAACUCAUUUGGUCGAUUCGUAAACUGGACCGCGUGCAAUGCUUCUCAAACUUCACUGAUUUCCUGCAUUGACUGUCAAACUCGACUCCUUUGCCUACCUAACAACAUAGGUAUCGCAACGUCCUGUCCCAAAGACAUCUUUCAACACUGCAAUCGGGGAGUAUGUUCGAACAUUAAAAGUCCAGACUGUUAAAAUCAAAACAAAAAUGGAAACUUGCUUUUUAAAAAAUGAAUGUUUUUUUUUAUAUAAUUCAAGCGUGUUUUAGUUGUAAGGAACAAUUGCAAUUGAAAAUUAAAUACAAUUCACCCAAAUCACUACAAUUGAGUACUUUGGAAACAACGAUUCAGAAACAUUUUCCAAUAUUAGACAAAAUCUUUAAUUAAUAUAACAUUACUUUAUAUAUAAACAACAUUUGAAGAAUUGUGACUUUCGACUUUACAUUAAACGUUGUAUUCUUGUACAUGUCUUGUAUUUAAUUUUGAUUGUAAUAUGCGACUUGAUUGAAUUUCAAAAAUUCUAAUAAAUUAUGUUUAUGACUAUUCUCCGAUAUUUUUUAAUGUGCAUAUACCAUUGCUCGUUUAACGCGACAAGUAAUGAACUACAAUCUUCUAACGAGUGAUAUCAAUAGCUAAAGAUUCCGAUUUUUGUGCGUCAAUGUUUUAUGAAGUCUCACAAGCAUCACAAAUAAGAAGAUCGGCAAAGUGAAGAGGAACUUUUUCGCUUUCGGAGACAAAAUACGUGAUUUCAUGAUCAUAUUUAGAGUGUCACUGCUAAGAUACGAAUUACAGAAAUUCGUACCGCCAAAGGAAUCCUUUUCAAAUAAAUACAAUAUCUUGGAAUUUAAUGAAAAUUCUUUUGAAGAACAUAGUAUUAGCGGCUCCAAUGGUACGCGUCGACCCGCGUCAACCCUUCAUUGUAUAAAAUUACAAUUCGUAUGCCUUAGAUACGAAUAUAUUUGCCACUACUCUUUGGUAGCACGUGGAUUUACUAACUAAUUUUUGUUAUCUCGUACGAAAAAUUCAUCAUAAGUCUUGCUAUAUCUGCUAAAUCAUAAGUUUCUUGAAUGCAAGCAUCUUACUGCCUUCUUCUACCAAACUGUAUUGUAUAACUCUAGUGUUUUGGUUUAAAAAAACAUUGUACGUAGUGUAUAAACUGGGGAUUGUGAGAAUAAUAUGCAGUCUGUGCAAGCCCCGAAAUAUCUAUUUGAAGUAGAAGUGGUUUGCCUCCAGUGAAAACAAAACAGUGCUGUUGUUUAAAAUUCACGAGCCUUAAACUAGGCAUUUAUAGGUUCCGAUCACGGCGGCUGACGUACUUACUACGUAGGUGUGUCACGACUAAAUUGUAUUUUACUGUGCCCUUUCACGUACACAAUAGGAUAGAGCAUCGCUUUAGAUUGAUACAAAAGUCACAUUUACACUAUUGUAGCAAAUUUCCACGCAUAGGAAGACAAGAAAACCUAGCCGCCUUUAAACCCAUGUAACUGCAAGUGAAAAUAUAUUUUUAAACCAUUACCAUUUAUAGGCGAUCAUGUCGGCUACCACUAGACUAGUGGUUAUCUCAUCUCGCUAGCUGGUAUUUAGUUGUUUAAAAGUCAUUAAAUCAGUUUUUUUUUAUUUUUUGUGUAACGGUUCUGAACCAGGAUAUUGAGAACGAUUCCUAGGUAGUGCACGCUCCGUGUUGGCUUUUUAGCAUGAUUUGCUUGUUUUCGAAUUCUCAUAGAGGGUAUUUAUGCAAAUAUAGGGCCGGUCGUAAAAAUUAACCAAAUCAUUUCUCAAAAGUGCCUGUAAUUGGUCUAUUGGACCGCCAAUGCCACAUUGUAAAGGGUUAAAGGAAGUUGGAAGGAUGUUCUUCCUAAUCCUUUUAAAUGAUAAGUAGACAGGAAACGAUAUGCUUUCAAUAAGAAAACAAUUUGAAACAAUAAUACAAAACCUAUUGUAUGUAUUGUACCUUUUAUGAAAUCCUUGUCAAAUGAAAUACAUAUUAUCUAGCAAAAUCAUUGUGUAUUUACAGUAUAUAAAGUAAGGUCUGAUCGUGCAACAUUACUUUUUAAACGUGGGUAGUGGGGGAAAGUACAUCUUCCAGCUCACAAAAUGGCGCUUAAGUGGACUUUAGUAUGCCUUUCAAUCGUUCUGUUUGCUGCAACUCUAGUUAUAGCUGAAGAAGCAACGACUGAGGUUGCUGACAGCGACGAAUCUUCAAAUAGCACCGAGGCAAGCUCUAGUGAUACUACCCAUCAUGCCGGUCCACCACAUCAUGGACAUCACGGUCAUGGCCCACCGCGUGGACAACCGCGCGGGUCGCAUCGCCACAAAAGAUCUGCUGAGCAUCACAACAAUCAUAACGAGAAAUCUGCACAGCAUAGAAAUCAAAAUGGACAUCAAGCGAGCGCUGGACGUCGCCGCAAUUCGUGCACCAACGCUAUUCGUAGAGUAAGUUGCCGAGGCUGUCACGAAAUCGUAGAAUGUCGGAAUGGAAAUAGGCGACUGAUUAGAAGGUGUGGUGGUAUGGAACCUUACUGCAAUAACGGUCGUUGUUCCUCAAGGCCUGGAGCUAGAUGCCACCGCUCACGUCCGCCACUCAGGCCCACUCGGACUCGCAUAUCCUCUACAACCUCCAGUGGUGAUACCACUUCAAGUACAUCAUCCCAAAGUACAACUGGUUCGACCAGCACAACUUCAAGUGAUAGUACAACAACCGCCGAUGACAGUACAACUACUACGACAGGAAGUACGACUUCUACAAGCGGAAGCACUACAGACAGUACUAGUUCGACAACGGACAGUAGUACUUCCACAACGGACAGUAGUACUUCCACAACAGACAGUACUACUUCCACAACUGACAGUACCACAUCAACAACAGACGACACCACUUCCACAACUGAUAGCACAACGUCAACUAGCAGUGACAGUACAACGUCUACGACUGAUAGUACCUCUUCAUCUUCUUCAAGCUCUUCUACUUCAACUACAACCGAAGAAUCCGAAGAAUCUGAAGACUCCGAAGAAUAAACAGCUACAAACGUUUCAACUACUACAAAAUUUUGCUAUUCUACAGGAUUUUUUCCUUCAAAAUGCUUCCCACGACAUCCAAAAUAUAUUGAUACAUUUACAUUGUUUACAUAAUAACAUUACUUUUAAAUACACGCAAGGUUGCAGCACACGACUACAA